AUGGACGCACUGAAGGCCUGCUUCGCCCUCCUUCCCCAGGCCCCAGGGAUCGCAGGGCUCAUCGCCGCCUGGCGCGGCUGCCAGUGCCAUUGCCGCACCAGCGAGGCCGACACGGCCAUAGUCGCGGUCCUCCGCGACCAGCUGGCCCGCUGCGGGCCCCAGCUGCUGGCGCCUGCACCAGCGUCCACGUGGGCGUUCGUCUCUGGCGUGGCCGUCGGCAUCGCCGAGCUGCUGUCCGUCCGCCAGUGGACGGCGUCGGUGGCGGCAGCUGCAGCCCAGCUGCAGGGGCUCCGUGUGGGUCAGCGUCUCUUGAUCUCGUACGACGUGGACCCAGACUUGUUCCACGAGCGCCUGGUGCUGCAGAGGCCUCCCAAUAGGCCAGGAUGCACGUACUUGGUCGCCACGCCCGACGGGGAUCUGUACGAGGAGGAUCUCCUGGACUCAGGUGGCGAGGUGUUCGUGCUCGGGCCGCGGGGCGGUCUCCUCGGCGGCAUGCCUGCCGCAGCCACGCUCUAUCGGUUCGAUGCUGGCUACCUGGCGGCCAACAAGGACCGCUUCAUCCAGGAGGGCCGCGACGAGCUCGCCAGGAUCCGAGCCGACGAGGGCUUCGCGUUCGUCGACGCGGGCGACGGCCCUCCGCCGCCGCUGGCGGCUCCAGCGGGUGGGCCACCUGGUGCUGCCGCUCUCAUGGCAGUGGAUGCCCCUGGCGCCGCCGGCGCGGGCGGACCUCCGGUGCGGUGGUGCGUUCUGGAGUCGCGCUUCGGCAAGGCCGCCGGCGACGACGUCAGCGACCUGGUGGGGGCUCGGUUCAUCCAGGGCGACCGCGGCAUCAUCAUGAUCGCGGACGGCUUAUUCAUGUGCAUCGCGCGAGCCGGCUCCUUCACCAAGGGCGCCGACGUCGACUCGAAGGAGCAGGACGUCCGCACUCUCGCCGUGCGCGUGGACUCGCACGGCAGGCGGGAGGCUACCUUCCAGGACGUGUGCAAGCAGCUGGACUCCAUCAGCAUCUCCGACUGGCGCAUCUCAGGUCCUCGGACAGCUGUGUGGCUCUGCAGGGCUCUCUCAGAGACUGGGAUGUCCCCUACUCAACGGCACUACUGGUGGCGGAAUACCAUUGGGCUCACCGUGUCGGACAACGGCGUGGACGAGCACCUCUUCUUGAGCGAGCUCCUGGAGUGGGCCCUCUGCUACGACUUCCUCAGUUUCGGCAGCCUGAUCAUCGCCGAGCACAUCAGCAGGAGGUACCAGCUUUGGGAGGAGGUCUACUCGCACACGCUCAUGGAGCGCGAGGCGGGUGCCUCCGCCGCCGAGUGGGUCGACGAGCGCCGCAUCUUCCUGGGCACUCACAAGUCGCGGGGCGUCGCCCUGGUCUGCCCCGAGCUGCAGUCGUACGUGGCCUGCGAGAUGGCCUCCAGCGCCGCCAUCCUCAAGGAGAGGCGGAAGGGGCGCGAGGAGCGCCGUCUGGCGGGCGGCCUGGGCGAGGAGGCGGACGAGGGCUCUGGGGGCGCGGGGGGCGGUGCGGCCAAAGCCAAGGGCCGCAAUGGCCCUCGCAAGUAG